AUGAAUCUAGAUUCAUCAUCAUCUUCUUCAUCUUGUAUCAAGAACCACCAGGUGUUGUGGCGAUUCAGUAUUGUUGAUACGGAUUUGAAUGUUGACUCUUCCAUUAGUACUACACAGCUGAACAUCGAGAUCGUUGUGGCCAAGACAGAGGAUUACUACCUCCGUUUUCUAAUCAAGAAUAUUGAUGAUAUCUCAGAUUACAAUGAGACUAAUGCUGAACCAUUUACUUGUGAUGGUUGUGGUGGAGUUUCUGAUGUUUACAACGAAUCUGUAUCACCGGAAAAACUCGCCGGAAAAGUAGUGCUUAUUACAGGAGCUUCUUCUGGUAUCGGCGAGCAUUUGGCGUAUGAAUAUGCGAAACAUGGAGCAAGUUUAGCGUUGGUUGCGAGAAGAGAGGAUCUGCUAGCGGCGGUUGCCAUGAAAGCAAAGGAGUUAGGAGCGUUAGAGGUGAUUGUGAUCAAGGCGGAUGUUUCGAAGCUUCAAGAUUGCAAGAGACUUGUCGAUGAAACGAUCAACCAUUUUAGAAAAUUGAAUUAUCUUAUAAACAAUGCCGGAAUAGUUAAAAUUGGCCUCUUCGAAGACAAAAGAUUCAUUGUCGAUCACGCUUCAAUCAUGGAUGUAAACUUCUGGGGAUCAAUUUAUGCCACACAUUUCGCACUUCCAUAUUUGACAAAGCAUAAAGGACGAAUAAUUGUGAUAGGUUCUACCGGCGGAUGGUUCAAUAUGCCUGGAAUGAGUGUGUACAACGCAAGUAAGGUAGCACAACAAAGUUUCUUUGAAACACUACGAAUCGAACUUGCUUCGAACAUUAGGAUAACAAUGGUAACUCUUGGGAUGGUCGCUACGCCAUUAGCUAAGGAUGAAUUAUUAGAUAAGGGAAAAUUGUGGUGGAUCCCAAGGUACUCCGUAGAAGGUUGUGCUAAAGCAAUUGUAAACAGCGGUAGGCGAGGAGAUGAAUACUUGACUGCGCCUACAUGGAUGCAAUCCGUAUUUCUAGGGGUCAUGUUGUUGCCAGAGAUAAUGAAUACAGUCAAACAGGUAAUACUGAUCACUAGCCGGAAGAGUUCAUCAUAAAAGUGGAAAUUAUGCAACAACGAUUCACUUCAACCCCUCGAUCCCAAACAUAACUAAACUUAUCAAUUAAUGGGUUAUGAUAUUUGAUCUGUAAUUCUUCGCUAUCGUGUUAAAUUAGUAUACGUGUCAAGUAUAAAUAGUAUCUUUAUCAAAAUACUUCCUCAUUAUUACUUAACCAACUAAGCAUUUAAUACACAACAGUAAUU